AUGCUCCAAUCAGUGCUGGUCUCGCUGGCUGCUGUCGCCCUUGUUGGCGCUCCAGCAGCCGCCAACGACACGUCCGAACUCCCUCUGACCGAGCGAGACACUCCAUGCUUCAUGUCGACAACUCCAGUCACGGCCUGCGGACAGGGUGAUCUGACCAAAGCCAACUGGGACGCGUUUGGCAUCGACAACUUCCUGGCAGGCUUCAUCAACCAGUUCGACACCUCUGACAAUUUUCCCAAGUUCUUCGUCUCGCAGGACACGCCGACCGAGAACCCGUUCGACAACUUCGACUGCUCGACCUUUGGAAGCACCACCUGCACCAUUCCCACCUUGAACAACCCGGACGCUGCGACCAACUGCGCCGGCUUCAUCGUGCAGAAUUACAUCAACCUGUGGCAGGGCCUGCAGAACCACCACGACGCCAUCCAGGACGCCGCGGAUGCAAUCACAAAGGCCAACUUCAUCAACACCAUGGUCAGCGCGUUGGCACCGAAGAAAGAGCCCAUAGGACCGGCGGUGUUCUCGCUGAUCGUCGAUCUGGUCACCGACAUCCUGCCUAUCGCCGGCGAGAUUAAGGCGGCCACGACGUUUAUGAAGAAGAUCCGGCUGAUCAUCAAGGCGACGAAGUCCGACCUCGAGGACGACUCCAAGGACAUAGUCAGCAUCGUCCAGGACAACGAAGCCAUCGACCAGGAAGUCUCGGCCACUGAGGACCAGCUCACCCAGCAGCUCGCCAACAUGGCCACAGGCACGCAGUCGCGGCUGCAGAACAUCCUCAACCAGAUCUUCGGCGCGAACAAGGACCCGCGGCUGAUCGCGGACGCGUCGACGAUUGGUAGCACCUUCGCGUUCCUGAACGCCUACCACGGCAUGUUCCUGGACGAUGUGCCGCAGCGCGCCGACCUGGCCGCGCAGAUGCAGAAGCAGCUGCAGAACUGGAUCGUCAGCUCCGUGCUCAGCACGAUGGGGUACGACGUGACGAUCGACACGACGCCCCUGGAAGACCCGCCAAGCCAGCCAGGCGUGCUGUGCCGGGCCGAGAACGGCUUCACGGCGGGAGCAGGGUGCGCAUUAUUCCGCAUCAACGGCAUUGACCACGACAACGGCGACGUCAUCGACAACGCGCAGCAGGGCAACAAUAUCUUCGCCCUCCAGGACGCGGGCGUGGACAUCAACGCCAUGAUCGCCAACGCCCAGGCGUGCAAUGGCGGCGGCGGCACCGUCGACUUCGAGACGUUCCUGGACAUGGACAACACCGACGCGCUGCCGAGUUGCAUGUUCAACUUCAGAGUCAAGGUAGUCGCACUUUGA